UCUGGGGUGCUGGAGGCAAAUGAGACAGAAUCUGGGGUUCUGGGGACAAAGGAGAUAGAAUCUGGGGUGCUGGGGGUGAAUGAGACAGAAUCUGGGGUACUAGGGAUGAAUGAGACAGAGUCUGGGGUGCUGGGGGCUAAGGAAACAGAAUCUGGGGUGCUGGGGACAAAAGAGAUAGAAUCUGGGGUGCUGGGGGUGAAUGAGACAGAAUCUGGGGUACUAGGGAUGAAUGAGACAGAAUCUGGGGUGCUGGAGGCAAAUGAGACAGAAUCUGGGGUGCUGGGGACAAAGGAGAUAGAAUCUGGGGUGCUGGGGGUGAACGAGACAGAAUCUGGGGUACUAGGGAUGAAUGAGACAGAGUCUGGGGUGCUGGGGGCUAAGGAGACAGAAUCUGGGGUGCUGGGGGUGAACGAGACAGAAUCUGGGGUACUAGGGAUGAACGAGACAGAGUCUGGGGUACUAGGGAUGAACGAGACAGAGUCUGGGGUGCUGGGGGCAAAUGAGGCAGAAUCUGGGGUACUAGGGAUGAAUGAGACAGAGUCUGGGGUGCUGGGGGCUAAGGAGAUAGAAUCUGGGGUGCUGGGGGUGAACGAGACAGAAUCUGGGGUACUAGGGAUGAACGAGACAGAGUCUGGGGUGCUGGGGGCAAAUGAGGCAGAAUCUGGGGUACUAGGGAUGAAUGAGACAGAGUCUGGGGUGCUGGGGGCUAAGGAGAUAGAAUCUGGGGUGCUGGGGGUGAACGAGACAGAAUCUGGGGUGCUAGGGAUGAAUGAGACAGAGUCUGGGGUGCUGGGGGCAAAUGAGACAGAAUCUGGGGUGCUGGGGACAAAGGAGAUAGAAUCUGGGGUGCUGGGGGUGAACGAGACAGAAUCUGGGGUACUAGGGAUGAACGAGACAGAGUCUGGGGUGCUGGGGGCAAAUGAGGCAGAAUCUGGGGUACUAGGGAUGAAUGAGACAGAGUCUGGGGUGCUGGGGGCUAAGGAGAUAGAAUCUGGGGUGCUGGGGGUGAACGAGACAGAAUCUGGGGUGCUAGGGAUGAAUGAGACAGAGUCUGGGGUGCUGGGGGCAAAUGAGACAGAAUCUGGGGUGCUGGGGACAAAGGAGAUAGAAUCUGGGGUACUGGGGGUGAACGAGACAGAAUCUGGGGUACUAGGGAUGAAUGAGACAGAGUCGGGGGUGCUGGAGGCAAAUGAGACAGAAUCUGGGGUGCUGGGGACAAAAGAGAUAGAAUCUGGGGUGCUGGGGGUGAAUGAGACAGAAUCUGGGGUACUAGGGAUGAAUGAGACAGAAUCUGGGGUGCUGGAGGCAAAUGAGACAGAAUCUGGGGUGCUGGGGACAAAGGAGAUAGAAUCUGGGGUGCUGGGGGUGAACGAGACAGAAUCUGGGGUACUAGGGAUGAAUGAGACAGAGUCUGGGGUGCUGGGGGCUAAGGAGACAGAAUCUGGGGUACUGGUGGUGAACGAGACAGAAUCUGGGGUACUAGGGAUGAAUGAGACAGAGUCUGGGGUGCUGGGGGCAAAUGAGGCAGAAUCUGGGGUACUAGGGGUGAAUGAGACAGAGUCUGGGGUGCUGGGAGCAAAUGAGACAGAAUCUGGGGUAUCAAAGGCCCAGGAGACAGAAAUUGAAAUUGAGGCACUUGAUCUAGUGAGGAUUAAGGCUAUAGAAACUGGAAUAUUGGGGACUGAGGAGACAGGAGCUGGGCUGCUGGAGAAUGAGGAAACAGCUGGGAUAUUGGGGACCAAGAAGGCAGAACCUGGUGGAUUAGAAAAUGAAGAGAUAGGAACUGAGAUAUUGGCACUUGAGAUGCUGGAGACCACAGACACAUGUGAGAUAUUGGGCAGUGGAGAGGCAGGGGCUGGGAUCUUGGGGUUGGAGGAGAUAUUGGGGACGGAGGAGACAGAGGCUAGGAUUUUGAUGUCUAGAAAGGCGGCAUCAGCUGGGCCAGUGACUGGGUGGGCACUCUUGGGUUCGGGGGAGGAGUCAGAAGCAGAGCCAGAAUCUGAGGGGUCUAUCCAGGAGCCAAGUCCAGCCCGAGCAGGUGGGGGGGCUGGGGAAGAAGCCCCCAUGGCCACAGCCACCAGCUACCCUUGGGUGGCCCCAGCUUCAGUGCAGGAGGAGGGGGAGGCCCGGGGCUCCCCUGCCUUCUCUACACCAACACCCCCCAGCCAAGAAUGGCCUGAAGAAGACAGGAGGCCUCAGGGCUGGGGGGGAGGCCCGGAGCCUCCCCUGGGCACCAAGGUCAGCUCCAGCCAGUCCCUGCUUGAGUGGUGCCAGGAGGUCACAGCGGGUUACCCAGGUGUCCGUGUUACCAACUUCACCACGUCAUGGCGCAAUGGGCUGGCUUUCUGUGCCAUCCUGCACUAUUUCCAUCCAGACAAGAUUGACUUUGGAGCCUUGGACCCCCAGAAUAUCAAACAGAACAACAAACAGGCUUUCGAUGGCUUUGCAGCCCUGGGUGUCUCGAGGCUUCUGGAGCCUGCAGAUAUGGUGCUCUUGGCCGUCCCCGACAAACUGAUCGUGAUGACCUACCUGUGUCAGAUCCGGGACUUCUGCACGGGCCAGGAACUGCAGCUGGUACAAGUAGAGGGCGGAGGCCGGGGCAGCACCUACAGGGUGGGCGGCCCUGAGCCUGAGCUGCCCGAGGCCCUGGGCUCCAGCCACCUGGCCCAGCGCCUUCGAGAGCGUGGCGGGGACGUGGCAGGGGCUGCCCCCACCAGGGAAGUCAGAGGCGAAGCUGGAAUCCUGGCUGGCGGGGAUGAGACAGAUGGCAGAGAUGAUGCCAACUCAGGUCCCUCGAAGGAUCCUGCGAAAGCUGCUGGGAGGCAGCUGAAGGAAGAGGAGGGUAAGGCCAGCCUUCACAUUGAGAGCCCAGGGGCUGGAGCAACCACAAAGAGCUCAGGACAGGAGUCUAAUGGGGACACAAAGGAGUCCAGGAUGGGGGCCCCUCUUGCCCUAAAGGAUGCUGAAAUGGAUGCCACCAAGGCCAAGAAGGAUGCUGGGAGCCAGGAAGCCAGCAGCUUGGAGGAUGCCAGAGCCAGGCCUGAAGGCCCCGUGGUCAGGACCAGGACGCCAUCCCCAGCUGACGGGUUGAUGAAUGGGACAGGGCCUGGUGCAGUCAGACUAAGGCGACCCUCGCUGAAUGGGGAGGCUGGCAUGGGGCCCAUCCCCCCUCCUCGGGCCCAUGGCUCCUUCUCCCACAUUCGGGAUGCUGACUUGCUGAAGAAGAGGCGCUCAAGGCUUCGGAGCAGCUCUUCCUUCUCUGUGGAUGACGCUGACUCAGGGGUCCCGGGGCCCUCGGAGACCUCAGCUCCAGAUUUUGCCUCUGUCUCUGCCAGCCAGAAGCCCGCCGACGUGACCCCUCCUGUGGAGGAAUCAUCGCCAAAUCCUGGUUCCAACAACAGCCCUGGCGAGGAGCCUGGGAUGCAGCGAUUCCAGGACACAAGUCAGUAUGUGUGCGCUGAGUUACAAGCCCUGGAACAGGAGCAGAGACAGAUCGAUGGGCGGGCAGCCGAGGUGGAGACCCAGCUGCGGAGACUCAUGGAGACAGGUGCCGACAAGCUGCGGGAGGAGGUGCUGAUCCAGGAGUGGUUCACGCUGGUGAACAAGAAGAAUGCACUGAUCCGGAGGCAGGACCAGCUCCAGCUCCUGAUAGAAGAGCAAGAUCUAGAGAGACGGUUUGAGCUCCUGAGCCGAGAGCUGAGGGCCAUGAUGGCCAUUGAAGACUGGCUGAAAACGGAAGCCCAACAGCACCGUGAGCAGCUCUUGCUGGAGGAAUUGGUGUCCUUGGUGAACCAGCGGGACGAGUUGGUUCGAGAUCUGGAUAACAAGGAGAGGACAGCUCUGGAGGAGGACGAGCGCCUGGAGCGGGGGCUGGAGCAGCGGCGUCGGAAACUGAGCCGCCAGCUGAGCCGUCGGGAGCGCUGCCUGUUGAGCUGAGCCAGGCCGGGUGGAGCGAAGCUGAACCGGGACAGCUGGGCUGGACCGCGCCGGGCCGCGGACCCCCGUCCAGUCCCUUAGGGUGGCCACUCCCUUUCGGGGUAGGUGGGGGACAAGUGUAGCCGCUGUCCCCGGCUACGGCCACCCGAGCUUCCCGGGGCCCUAAGCCCUCAGCCCUGGGGAUCCCCUGCCACCACCCGUCCAGCUGGGUGGGCCAGGGGGGUCUCCCCUCCCUCCCGAUCUGCCUGGCUCUUGCAGCUAGGCUGGACUGGGUCAGAACUCAGCAGGGGGGCCUCCCCUCUAUCCCGAUCUGCCUGGCUCUUGCGACUGGGCGGGACUGGAUCAGGCCUCUGCAGCCCAGCCACUGGCCCCCGCGUCCCGCACUCCGCCUUCCUGCACCCGCGGAGGAUCUGCCUCUCCACUCCCCUUCUUCUCUGCCCCACUUGUGCCUUUCCGCGCGUGGCCACCAGAGGCCGCCGUGGGGCCUGGUUUGCUGCGCUCCUGGGGCGUGGGGGGGCACCCUAGCAAUAGGGUCGGCGGGUCUCCAAAGCCCAGCCCAACGGGCCUUAUUUAUUGAAGAGUGUGUGUAAGUGUUUGUAUGUGUGUAUGUAUAUUUGUGUAUGACUAGGACCCUAGGGCGCCCGAUGCACUUAGGGAUCCUCGACGAUCUCCGGUAUAUUCUUGGACCUUCGCUAAAGGAACGACUGGGGGUCGGGGCAGAGUGGUCAAAGACCCAAUCCCCCGGCCUCCAUUCCCUUUCCCCCAGCCAAAGACUGGCCCACGUGUGUCUUGUUGAUGGUGUCGGGGUGGUACAGAGCCAUCAAUAAUUAGCCUGUGGCCAUAACUGGCGGCCAACAUCGUCUCCGAAAUCCCUCUGUCCCCCGACCACCCCCCAGGGACCGCACCACCAUACCCAGGAGUUUGUGCGCAAUAAAUUCUGACUUGGA